CGGCCACCGGAGCACCGGUGCAGCUGUCCCCUGCGCCCGCGCCCACCCCCGCCCGCACCGCGGAGCCCCGGAAGCGGCGGGAUUUCCUGUGCCCGCCCCGCGCCGGCCGCCGUCGCCUGUCGCUGGCUGUGCGGGCCGCGGGCUCGGCCGCGCCGGGCGGGAGGCAGCACCAAGGGGGCCGAGCCCGGGUCACAGUCUGUACUUGCUGCAGAAAUGCUUUCUGAACAGACUUCAGGCCUGGGAGCAGGAUGGGAGUUGGCGAACAUACAGCUGGGUGGAGCAGAGCCCCAGAUGGACAGAGGAAACCGGGAAGGCCCAUGGAGAACAGCACCAGGGCCCCUGGAGCACCUUCACUGUGGUCCUGAAGAGGAGCCGCUGUCCCUUCAGGAGAAGGCUCAGUCUGCUCCCUGGGUUCCUGCCGUCCCCCAGGAGGGGAACACUGGAGACUGGGAAAUGGCAGCUGCCCUCCUUGCAGCCGGAUCCCAGGGCCUGGUAACCAUCAAGGAUGUGUCACUGUGCUUCUCUCAGGAGGAGUGGCGGAGCCUGGAUCCCUCUCAGACAGACUUUUAUGGAGAAUACGUCAUGCAGGAAAAUUGCGGGAUUGUCGUCUCUCUGAGGUUUCCGAUCCCCAAACUGGACAUGCUUUCUCAGCUAGAGGGAGGAGAAGAACAAUGGGUCCCUGACCCCCAGGACUUAGAAGGGAGGGAUAUUCUGAAGGUCACAUAUACAGGAGACGGAAGUGAACAUGAGGGUGAUACUCCUGAACCAGAGGCAGAACCUCCCAGAAUGUUAUCCAGUGUAUCUGAAGAUACUGUUCCCUGGAAUCCAGGGCAGGAUCAGAGCUGGGAGUCCAUGCCCAGGGGCUCCAGGGGAAUGCUCCUAAGUCCACCUUUUCUUCAGGAAGACAGCUUCUCAAGCCUUCUGUGUAGCUCUGGCAUGGGUUCUCUCUUAAAGCCCCAUACGUGCCCUCAGUGUGGGAAACAGUUUGUAUGGGGCUCUCACCUCGCCAGGCACCAGCAAACACACACUGGGGAGAGACCCUACAGCUGCCUCAAGUGUGAGAAAAGCUUUGGGCGGAGGCAUCACCUGAUCAGGCACCAGAAAACCCAUCUACAUGACAAGCCAAGCAGGUGUUCUGAGUGUGGCAAGAAUUUUCGAUGCAACUCCCAUCUGGCCAGCCACCAGAGAGUGCACGCGGAAAGCAGGUCCUACAAGGGCCAAGAGAUGGGAGAGAGCCCUGCGGCUGAGAAACCGCAGCCUGCCCCCCCAGUGCCAAAGUGCCACGUGUGCACUGAAUGCGGGAAGAGCUUCGGCCGAAGGCACCAUCUGGUGAGACACUGGCUGACCCACACCGGGGAGAAACCCUUCCAUUGCCCCCGCUGUGACAAGAGCUUUGGCCGGAAGCACCACCUGGACAGGCACCUGCUGACCCACCAGGGACAGAGCCCCGGGAGCAGCUGGGACAGAGGGACAUCUGUCUUUUGAAACCUGUGUCUUCUGUAGCUAGCUAUCGUCCAAUCUGUCAGCCGGUGCUACCAGCAGUCACUGCCAGAGCUGCCUCUCUCCUGGACCCUGGUGGCCAGAGCGUGUCUCGCCAGUUCAUAUGAAAACAGAAGUUCCUUGGGUGAAAUUUUGGGGAAUAGUGCAAAGUGUGUGUGUGUGACUAUUCAGUCUGAACCCACUGUCAAGGGUCCAGUGGAACCAGCAGUGAGGGGUGAGGUCUGUUCUCAUUGGUUGGAGUCUAUGUCGUAUCAGUUCCUAAAUAUUUGCACGUCACCCUUGUGUGCUGAGUGUGUUCCCUCUCUGCAGAGAGAGAGAGUGAAAGGGGCCAUGUCAGUAUACCAAGCAAGGGCUCUGAGAACUUCUAUAGGCAAUUGCUCAGUGUCUGUUAAUGCAAUGUCUCCUACAUUUAUCUGGCCUCAGUAUCUAUUUCAUGUCCUCACAUGUGACUCUGUGAAACGAACUUCUGUAAGCACUGUGUUAAAAAAGUAACAAGGAAACAAGAAAGA